CAGUAACUCGCCAGUCCGUCUGCUUAUCGUUUAUUACAUCAAUUGCCUCCUGUACAAUAUUAUUUACAUCCAGAUAAAAAGGCGUUCCUUAUGGUAACUAACACAUCAAAUUUCCCAAGUGGAUCCUCGUACCGGCGUCCGUAAAGACUAUUGAAUGUAGCGUCGAUUAGCUUAAAGUUCUACCAAUAAUAGCCAGAUUCGAUCCAAGAACUAUUGAGUCUAGAUCGGAAGAUCGGCACUAUCUACUUUUAAAACCAAGCCCAUCCCCACGCCGAGACAAGCCCUUCUCUGUUCUGUCUCACCCAAGCUGUCUGUCUCUCGUUAACAUUCGCUCAGCUGUCAUAAUGCGUGUCUUAUCUUUUGCGCUGGCCCUUUUCGCGGCCGAUAUGGUCGUUGAAGCUGGAGUUUGCAAGCCUGCUCGUACAACCACGACUGCAACUUCGGUUGCCGAAUCGUCUACUACCACCGCUUCUGCUACCUCUGAGACCUCUGUCAUCGAGUCGCUGACAUCUGCGACUGAGACCUUGAGUACCGACUCAAGCGAGAUCUUGACGACUUCUACCGCCGAGGCUGAAACUACGUCGGCCGAGGCCGUUUCUACCACUACCACUGAAGCUGCUACCACCACCGAGGCUGCUUCAACGACCACCGAGGAAGCUUCCACUACAACCACCGCCGGCCCAUCAUUCACACCCGGUUCUCUCGUCGGCACCGGACCCGUCGCCGGCCUCACCCUCCAGGGCGUCGACUCACGUUUCAUUCCCCUAUCCUUCGCAACAUCCGGCUCGACCCAAACCCUGAUCUUCACCCUCGCCGCCAACGGCCAGCUCGCAACAGGCACCAACAACAACUACCUAUGCCUGAACUACAAGCCUUCUGGUGUUCUUGGGCCGCUUGUCCUGUGCCCCUUUGAUAACUUCCAGAAUGCUCCCUUGCAGUGCACACGAGCGGUUAGCGGCACGCUUUCUUGCACUGCGCCGAACGGAUCAUGCAGCUCGAGUGGAGCUUGUACGCGACCUAACGUUGGUGUCGCAUUCUCUCAGUUCUAUGUGGACGGGUCUCAGAACGGCUAUUUUGGUCCCGCCGACUUCAAUGGGGCGGGUUACUCUGCUAUUGAUGUGAUCCUCCCCGAAUGAACAUAAGACCGAGGCUUUAGAGGUAUAUUGAUUGAACUCAAGAGCCUUGUCGUCAAAAUCUCUGGUUUUAGCUGGAACAAUAAAAUGAUAUCAUUAUUCUCCUGUAUAUAUGAACAGAACACCUUGCAUUCCCUGACGCAGCAUGGUCUACCUCCCUGCUCUCCGAAACACUGAAAUUCGUGAUAAAAGGAAAUAAAAGAAACUAAAUCCAAAGCCCCUCGCUUUGGGAUGAGUAUCCAAAGUUUCAGAGACUUCACCGUCUUACGCUCUUGGUGAAUUUCCGAGGAUUAAAAGCCCACUACAGCAGUCCCCAAC